AAAUCUCCCUCUUUCCACGACGUUCCAAUGGGGAGAGCGGUAGGAAAAUGAUCUCCCGCGUUCCAGUGGGGAAGUGCAAGGUCCCGGCUGAUCCCGGACGCCGUCGGAGGUGGCUGUGCUGAGCUGAAGAGCCGCGGCUUCUGCUCAGGGAGGCCGCGCGGCAGACCUUGUCGGGGUGGGUUCCUCAGGCUGCGGCAGCAGCCACAGCCGCCGCCGCAGCAACGUUGACCCGGCGAAGAGCUGAAGGUUCCGGCAACAGGGACGGCCGCACCGCCCCCGAGUUUGCAGCGUGUUUGGAAAAUGUGGCCACGAGCAGUCCUCUGGCAGCGGUAGCAUUUGCUGCUCCAGCAACGCCGUUUCCCUCCCGCAGACGGCUUCUGUCCUCUCGCCCUGGCGUGUGAAACAGCUCUCCGUGCAAGACCUUCCUCAGACCUGUUUCUUCUGCUAAAAGAGCUGAAAAAUUGACCUCCUGGUCUCUAGGGGUACUGAGCAGAAUCAAAACAGGUCUCUUGGCGGGGGACUCUUUGCAUUUUGUUAGAUGAACAUUUUCAACAUUGAUGGUUGGUCUGCUGUUUCGAUUUAAGGCGCUUGGGGAGAGGUUUCCAUUCCUGGGCAUUUCUCUUCCAGCUGAUUGGUUUUUGCGGUAGAUCUGGCUUUGGAGGGGCUCUGGGAAAUCAUGGGGCUACCUGCCUUGGAGUUUAGUGACUGCUGUUUGGACAGCCCCCAGUUCCGAGAAAGGCUAAAGUCUCAUGAAGCUGAGCUGGACAAGACUAACAAGUUCAUCAAGGAGCUGAUAAAGGAUGGAAAGGCACUCAUUGUGGCCCUUAAAAAUUUAUCUUCAGCAAAACGGAAAUUUGCAGACUCCUUGAACGAUUUCAAAUUUCAGUGUAUAGGCGACGCAGAAACAGAUGAUGAAAUAUGCAUAGCAAAAUCCCUGCAAGAAUUUGCUACUGUUCUACGGAACCUAGAAGAUGAGCGCAUACGCAUGAUUGAGAAUGCGAGUGAAGUCCUAAUCACACCUCUGGAGAAAUUUCGAAAAGAGCAAAUUGGUGCUGCUAAGGAAGCCAAGAAGAAGUAUGACAAAGAGACUGAGAAAUAUUGUGGAAUAUUAGAAAAGCACUUAAAUCUGUCUUCCAAGAAGAAGGAAUCUCAGCUUCAAGAGGCAGACAGCCAGGUGGACCUGGUCAGACAGCACUUCUAUGAAGUUUCUCUUGAGUAUGUCUUCAAAGUUCAAGAGGUUCAAGAGAGAAAGAUGUUUGAGUUUGUGGAACCACUGCUGGCAUUUCUGCAAGGGCUGUUCACAUUCUACCAUCAUGGCUAUGAGCUUGCAAAGGAUUUUAGUGAUUUCAAGACAGAGCUGACAAUCAGCAUUCAAAAUACAAGAAACCGUUUUGAAGGCACACGAUCUGAAGUUGAAUCCUUGAUGAAGAAAAUGAAGGAAAAUCCUCAUGAGCACAAAAACAUUAGCCCUUUCACCAUGGAGGGCUACCUCUAUGUUCAGGAAAAGCGUCAUUUUGGGACAUCCUGGGUGAAGCAUUACUGCACGUAUCAGAGUGAAUCCAAACGAAUAACGAUGGUGCCAUUUGACCAGAAGUCUGGUGGAAAGGGGGGAGAAGAUGAAGCUAUUAUCCUCAAAUCUUGCACUCGUCGGAAGACUGAUUCCAUAGAGAAGAGAUUCUGCUUUGACGUCGAAGCUGUGGAUCGGCCUGGAGUGAUUACAAUGCAGGCACUUUCUGAAGAAGAUCGAAGGCUGUGGAUGGAAGCAAUGGAUGGCCGGGAACCGGUCUAUAACUCAAAUAAAGACAACCAAAAUGAAGGCAUGGCCCAGUUGGAUAAUAUGGGAUUUAGCAUCGUCAAGAAGUGUAUCCAUGCUGUUGAAUCUAGAGGGAUCAAUGAACAAGGACUCUACAGAAUAGUUGGGGUCAACUCCAGAGUUCAAAAGCUACUGAGUAUCUUAAUGG